AAGUUAUCCGUUCAUGUACCUUCUUCCACCUCAGAGCUAUCAGCUCUUUGAUUAAACUUAUUUAUACAAAACAAUUGUUUUAUUUUUUUUCAAACCAAGAAGGGAGCGUACGCACGCUACGUCCCCACCUGAAACUAUCGCUGAUACACGUACUAUCAUAAUCUGAAAGUAAAAGAAUCCAUUCAUUAAAAAUAUAACUGUAGUUUAAAUUUUAAUUAGCCAAACAAUGGACCAUCAAGAAAUGGACCACCAAGAAAUAGGAAUCAAAAGGGUAACAACGGAAGAUUAUGAACGAGUAAUGGCGAUAUUACCCCCAGAUGAAAUCUAUCAUGGAGGUGAUUACCUGCCAGACUAUUUCCACAUGUUGCUUGAAAUGCCAAACAUAGAGAUGUAUGCAGCUGUCGCCGGAGAUAAAUUUGUUGGAUUCAGUUUUAUGAGCAUAGUGGAUGAUGGUAAAACUGUAGUACCACGAGGCGGUCGAGUUUCGAAAGAAUAUUCUGGUAAAGGACUUGUCGGGCUAAUGUCGAAAUGGUUGGACGAAGGAGGACCACUUUACCGACAGGGAUUUUUAUAUAGAGCCGCUAUAGGAAAUAAAGAAAAUGCUCCACUGCUUCAACACGCUCGAAAAGGAUUAUGCAAAGAAAUUCUUCAACAGGACUUUCGCUUUUACGACAUUUGGAAAUUCAAUCUGGAAGAUGAAUUUAAGAAGCAAAGGGAAUCAAACCAGUUUGUAAAUGCACGAUUUAUCGAAAAAGAUGAGUUUGGUCAAAUACUAGAAUCACGUGAUCUUAGUCGAUAUUUUUUUCCAGAAGGCCGUGCUGUUGUUGACGACGUACCAUACAAAACUAUGCGAUCAAAUGCUCCACUGAUAUUUACAGAACGCACAAAAGUAGUAGUGACUGAUACUAAUAACCCACACGAAGCCAUUUUAUCAAUUAGUAAUUUUUUCAAGGCCCCUGUUGGAAUGAUUGUAAAUUUGAAUAUAUAUGGCUGUUUGUCCGAAAAAAUCAAAUCUCAUUUAAUCUUACAUGUCGAAAAACUGCUUCCCUGUUUAAGGAGCGACUUCAUACUAUUCCGUUGUAUAUCAAAACCAGAUACAAAUUGGGCAAAUUUGGACAACGUGAUGACUGAAUUAGGUUUUAAAACAACACAUUUUUAUGGAACAGGUUUAGUUUGUGUGGAAUGGAAUUUAAAAAGCAAAUUGUAACUAUUGACAAUAUGAUUUGAUAACACUUAACUAUUAUCUUAAACUGCCGGUUAAACAUGUUUAGAAAAAAAUGGAUGCAAUGAACAUACAGUUUUAUCCAGAAAUAGAAUUGUUAGGUAUGUUUGGCCCGAAAUGUUUAUCACAAACAAAAGUUACAUGUAUUAGAUCUAUUAGAACAAGUGAUUUUUAUUUUUGUCUUGCUUGCGACGAAGGUCGCGGAAGGCGAGAUAUGGGUGUGCUUUUCCGGCGGCGGCAACAAUUGUUAAGUUUUCUGCUUAGGUCAGUUUGAUAGGAACUACUUGUGAUAUAUGAAUAAUAUGUUCUAUAAAGUUGCAUUACUAUCAGUACAUAUAAGUCUGACGACUAUUUCGAGGCCCUUCCCCCUAGUCCAGUGACUUUGAAUAAAUUAGCAGUUUUCAAUGUAAAGUUUCUGCUUAAGUGAAUUUGAUAAGAACAACUUAUGACAGACAUUAAUAUUUUCUUUGAAGUUGCAUUACUACAUGUAUCAGUACAUAUAAGUUUGUCGGUCAUUGUCCAGCAAUUUUGAAUAACAUGUAAUUAGCAAUGUUGCUGUCCAUCAGGCGAGACAUAUCUCUGUGUCAACAGUUUGUCUAGAGGACGGAUAAUUUUAGUUUUCAUAAUUUCAAUAUUAAAAUGCUUUCUUGCU